CUCAUUGGACGAGGGAAGGUGACGGUUGUCUUUGACCCGCCUUCACGUCUUUCCGGCUGGCGGUGGUGGCGGCGGCGCGGACUGCGGCGUGGAGCUGUAGCCGGCUAGUAAGCGGCGGGCUGCACCCGAGCGGGACCCUGGCUGACCUGCGGUGCUUUACAAGGCGAGCUUUGGAGUCUUUCCCAUGUCGGACUUCAAGCUGGGAAUCGUGCGACUUGGCCGGUUGGCCGGGAAGACUAAAUAUACUCUCAUCGACGAGCAAGACAUCCCUCUGGUUGAGAACUAUGCUUUUGAGGCUCGAAUGGAAGUUGAUGCAGAUGGCAACGGUGCAAAGAUUUUUGCCUAUGCGUUUGACAUCACUAAGGGACGGGAGGUGGGACGCCCCCUGCAGGAGCUGUUGUGGGAAAAACAUCGCGGAGGAAUUGCCCCGAGCUUCCAGGUGGUCCACAUCAACUCGGUAACGGUUGACAACAGGCUUGACAACUUGUGCCUUGUCCCCAUAGGCUGGAAGGCCAAGCCAGAAGAGCUGACCAGUAAACAGAGGGAGCAAAGCCUCUACUGGUUAGCCAUUCAGCAGGUGCCUGCAGACCCCGUGGAUGAGCAGUACCUGGACAUGAACUGCACGCGGUACUACAAUGCCAACGGGGAGGUGGUCGAAGAGGAGGAGUGUUCCUGCACGUAUUACGAGUGUCACUACCCACCAUGCACUAUGAUGGAGAAGAGGCUCAGGGAGUUCAACAUCUGCGGACGUUGCCAGGUGGCGAGGUACUGCGGCUCUCAGUGCCAACAGAAAGACUGGCCGGCGCACAAGAAGCACUGCCGCGAGCGCAAGAGGACCCUGCAGCUGGAGAGCGAGCCGGAGCGGUGAUCCUGUGGGUUAGGAGGUUGGGGAUGGGGUUGGGGGAGGGGGGGCUGCUCCCCACUUUUUUUUUUUUUUGGAGAGGAAUGGGACGGGGACAUUUGGACUUGUGCUCCUGCGGAGGAGUUCUAGUGGCCUCACGGUGGCAUCCGUUCCUCCUUUUUUGUUUUUUUUUUUUUUGGACUUCCUCAGUCAUUGAAAAGCCCCCAAAGAGUCCGGGGAGCAUCUCCAGCUCUUCUCCAAGUACGAGUGGAAGGAAUCGACUUUCUUCUGGGAGGAAGGCUCCCUUUCACAUAUUUAUAUCUUAAUAUAUAUUUUGUAUCUUUAUGUACAGUUCUUUUUUUUUUUAUGUUUGCUGUAACGUCGGUUCAUUUGGACAGGCAAUGAUCGGAGUCGGCCACACAACCCUCUGUGGCAUGAUGGGUAGUUCUGGCCAGGCAUGGAGGGCCUCACCUGGACUCUGCAGGGAGUGACUAGUGGUGGGCUGCCAGCCUUCUCUAACCCCCCCCCAAACUGUGGAGCUCGUGGGCCGGCCUGCUCACCCCAGCUUUGGUGCUCCGGUGCUUCUGAAUGUGUGUGGAAUGGCCGCUGCACUGUCUUUUAUUGUCCUUAUUAUUAUUAUUUCUCUUUACACGGCAGGCAAAUCCUUGGGGACCCACUCAGUUCUAGACAUUUCUUUUGUGUCUUGCUUUCUUAAGCAGGACUUGAGAUGCACUUUAGUCUGUCUGAAAGCCCCCCGUUCCUGACUUGGUCCGCUCCAGACGAGGUGCAGCAUUAAGGCACAAGCACUCGGGCUGGCGGCUUGUAUUAACAGAGCGACACUGGCUUGGCGCCGGUGUGGCAUUGUCCUGUGGGCUGGGGGAUGUCUGUCUGUCUGUCUGUCUCGUCUGUCUGCCCGCCCACCCUUGGACUUAUGUGAUUGGUGGAGAGGGCUGCCAGGUGAUGGGUUUUCGCAAGCAGUUUUCUGCUUGUGUGUUUUAGGCCCAUGUGUUCCACUGGAGGAGGCAGCAGGACUUGGCCGCCUUCUGGCAUGUGGUGGACACCCCAAGAGUGUCUGGCUGGCAGUGUUUACAAAAAUAACUGGACUGUGUGAACGAAAUUGUGUACAACUGCCAAAAAAAGAUCAAUAAAAGAUGCUCAUUUCAAUGU